AUGAGUAGCACCGUCGCGGCCUCCUCGUUGACCACCGCGACGUCCGUCACCAGUGAUAGUGCCAUGCCGCCCAGCAAGCGCCAGAAACUGAGCGAGGACGACGUCGUUAAGCCAGAGCCCGACUCGAAGGACGGCGUCCUGGCCGCGUCGCACACGGAGGACGCUGGAGAGAACGCGCAGAAGAACGACGCGGCCUCCAGUGCAGCCGCGGCCAGCGGCCUCCCGCCGAGUGUGGCGCUGAGCCUCCAGAAGGACCCGUCCUGGAUGCUGGGCGACGUCGACAGCUUCGGCGGCCUCGGCCCCAUUCCGUCGAUGAACGCGGUGCUGGAGAAGCGCACGUCGAGUCAGUUCUCCAUCAGCUCGCUACUGCCGUCGUCCGUAAGCACGUCAACCACCGGCAUCCAGAGCACGGCGGCUGAGGCUGCACGCACUGAGGUAGAUAGCGGAGAGGCGACCACAGAUAACGAGGGUCAAGGAUCUGCAGUCUCGGCUACUACCGCUACGACUGCCAGUGCGGUGGUGCCGACGCUGGCCGAAGGAUCGGGCGGUAACACCAAGUACAUGGACCCGAACACGGGCGACUACAUGUACCCAGAGAACGUGAAGCCCAUGAGCUUCUAUGACAAGCAGCGCCUCGUGCAGAAGAUCACGAUGCUGCCCAGCCAGUACUUGCGCGGACUUAUGGACGUGAUCAGCAAGUACCAGCCCGACACUGUGCGACAGAUCGACGACGACGGCUACGCCUUUGAUCUGGGCCAGAUGAACGAGAACACCGUGUGGGCCAUCAGCGACUACGUCAAGGACUCGAUGAUCGAGCUGGAUGGGUACAUCAAGUCCCUCAACCAAACAGGGAUCAGUCUCUCCACAGACGAGGAUCGGCAAUCGGAAGGCACUGUACUGACGGCCACAAGUGCGGCCUCGAGCAGUAGUCCCAGCAGCACAGUCCGCCACCUAACCAACACACUGGCGAUGAACACGUCCAAGAUGUCGGCCAUCACGAACAACGAAAACCAGAACAAGUUCCUGGAGCAGGUGGAGAUGUACUCGAAGCCCAAGGUGACCAAGUCGCGCGUAAAGCCCAGCAAGAAGCACGAGUGCCCCACGUGCAACAAGCAGUUUCGCGGGCGCUCCGAGCUUCAGAACCACAUCCGGACACACACUGGCGAGAAGCCGCUCAAGUGCUCGUACGCCGGCUGCACCAAGCGGUACGCGCACAGCUCAAACCUGCGCGCCCACGAGCGCACCCACGCGGGCAUCAAGCCCUACACAUGUCACUACGACGGCUGCGGCAAGAGCUUCGCGCACUCGGUGUCCUUGAAGGAGCACAUCUGGAUGCACGCAGGCUUCCAGCCCUACGUGUGUCCGUACGAGGGCUGCCAGAAGAAGUUCACACAGGUCUCGAAUUUUGCACGACACAAGAAGACCCACGAGAAGGAGGAGCGCAGCGAGAACGAACACUCUGUGGAGAGUGAUAACUAG